GAUUUGUUGAAACAAAUAAUAGGGUUCUUGUUUAUCAUAUUUCCACAGACUCAAAACUGCUUCUUAAAAAAAGGGUUCAAUUAAAUAAUGUGAGUCUGUCAAACAACAGAUCUCGAGCAGCAUGUCAGAGCUUAAAGAGGAAGUUUGAAUAGUUUUUUUGAUCAUGUGGUUUUGACAGGAAAAACAGAACUGUGACAAGCCUUUAACCCUGAAGUGUGUCUGUUAUAGCAGAACACACACAUUACAGUAGUCAGAUAGGACGGAGACUUUAAAAUGUCUAUCUUUGUGAUCCUGGGACUGCUGGUCUGCACAGAGACACGAGGCUCCAGUGCUGUGACUCCUGUGUUUGUGCAGAAAGGAAAGGAUGUUCUUCUGAACGUCAGGACAGCUGAUGUUCCUCAGAACUUUGUUAUUCUUUCAUGGGGAUUCAAUAAAAAGGUUUUAGUAACAUAUUCACCUGAUAAGGAACCAACAGUCUUUCUAGUCUACACUGGAAGGAUUGAGACUGAUGUGAAAAAAUACUCACUGAAAUUAAACAAUCUACAAGAGGCAGACAGUGGAGUUUAUACUGCACGACUGACAGGUGAAGAAGAACGAAUACUAGCUGAAUACAACGUCAGAGUUCAAGGUCCAGUGUCUCCAGUUGAACUGUCAGUGGACUCUGUGUCCAGCAGCUCAGACUCCUGUAACCUCACUGUGACCUGCAGAACACAGGACUCUCACAUCAGCAGCACUUUCACAUGUGACACCCAAACCUGCAGUCAGGAGGGAGGAGAGCGCUCAGAGGUCACAACCUCUGGUGCUUCUCUACAUGUCUACCUGCUGAAUGACUCAAUCAUCUGUAACCAUAGCAACCAGGUCAGCUGGACCGAGGACAUUAAGAAGACCAAACAUUACUGCCCCCAACAUGCUGAUCCAGAGAGUCUCUCUGCUGGUAUCUCUGUGUGCCUGGUGAAGACAGUCGUGUUCUCUGUCGGUCUGAUCAUCAUGGUGUCUGCCGUCAUCUGUGUUCACAUCAUGGAGAAGCUCAAGAAGCAAAAAUAAACAAAUUGUUCUCUACCAACUAAUUUUACAUAUAUCUCACACUCUUUAGUUAACGGUACCCUGUGGAGAUGUUUACCUAGUAGCCCUGUUUUGUUUGUAUUGUGCAUGCAAGAUCCAAGAGGGGUCAUGGCACACAUUCUGCUGCUGAUAUCCUGCUUUUCCACCGAACGACAGUUGGACACACCAAGAAAUGUUGCAGGAGGUAGAAGACUGCAAGUCAGCAAACAUGGAUGUCAACAAUGUCGGAUUUAAAAUGGAGUCAACAUGUUAGCAUAGUUUAUAAGAUUCUUAUGAUGUAUUUUGGAAGAAAACUUUGGGGGGAAAAAACUCCACAGGGUACUUGAUGCUGAUUAUUCUUUGAUUAUACCCAAUACUCACUGCGCUCACUUUGGAAAUAAAAUGAUUGGACAGAGAUGACCAUUGUUUUGGAGGAUUUUAUCUUAAAAAAUAAUAAUAAUGCCAAAUCACCUCUGUGGUUUCCUCACAUAUCCUGACUAACCUUGUUUAGUCACUUGAGAUGUAGAACAAGGAAGUGCUGUUGUUGUUAUGACUCAUCUAUGUGUGUUUUACUGUACCACGUGCAUGACAAAAACCUAAUUGCAAACUGCUAUGCCCUACACACAGAAGCAAUAAGAGUUAACAAAUAGUGCAAUCAUGACGAUUGACUUGUAAGGAGAUAGAGGAAGAGGAGCACAGGAAGUGUAUGUUAGUGGGUAGGGGUCAGCGUGUUCUCAGAAGAGUCAAGUCCUUUCUUCAGUUACUCACCAAUUGCCCUUGUGACUUGAGCUGUGUUUUUCAUACAGUGCUUGCUUUAUACUUUGGAAUUGUGUACAUGUGUAGUUAUGUGCAUAUGUGUUAUGUGUAUAAUACUUACCUUCUAAAUGCAUAUUAUCUCAUGUUAUUAUCUCUGUAAUGUUUUCAGUUUUACAAACAAAAGUAGAAAAUCAAAAGGUGAAACAACUUCAGUGAAAUAAGAAAAGGCAAGCAUCUUUUAAUCUUUGGGUGACCUAAGCAAAGCAGUUUCUGGUACAUACACCAUUAUUCGACACUUAUUAAAGCUAGAUACUAUUCUUCUAUUGUUUGUGAUUUUUGUGAAUUAAUAGAAGCCUAAAGAUUAAGUGUCACUGACUAUUUCCCCCGGAAUUUUUCAGCAAGGAAUCGGUGCUAUUGUUGCAGGUACCGGAGCUGCAGCAUCAAUAAACUGAAAUACAGGAAAGAAUGAUGAGACAGGGAGACAUGGUCAGUCACUGAUGAAAUC